AUGGACCACUUGCCAGUUGGUCCAAGGGUGUCCGAUGCGCCGACGUCAUCAGCGUCUUCAGUGGCGCAACCUGUUAGCGCCAGGCGUCGUCAUCGCCCACCCAGCACCUCUGACACCAUAUCGACAGACGCUUCUGCUGGGUCGGGGUCACAACCCGCGAAGAAGAACACUCGGGGACCAUGUCGGCAGUUGAAGACGGCGAAGGUCACCCGGGUGACCAACAGUCGUAUCAACAUCGAAUACGACGAUCGGCAUCGGGCAGCCUCGACGGCGGAAUUGCAUAGCUCUUUGGCCCACGACAUUGGUCAUGUCGUUCGGACCCAUUGCCCUAUGCAAUGGAAGUCUUGGAAGGUCAUACCUGACGAGGUCAAGAUGGAGGUGCGCGAACAUUUGUCGACGAACUACAAGAUAGAGGACCUCGAUGAUGAGUCAUUGGCGUACGUUAAUAGACUUUUUGGUGAGAGGUACAAGCAGUGGAAGAGCGACUUGCACCACCAUUUUCAAGCAUUUGAUGAUCCACAAGUCGCUCUUGAAGAGGGUUGCCCGAAGGAGCUUGAGGGUCGGGAGGAUAGUUGGGCGUGGCUCUGCGCUCAUUUUCUGGCACCCGAAUAUGUGAUCGACGUCUUUGGCGACGUUUAUGUUCGACCUGGGAAUGAGUUGGCCGACUCCAUUCAUACUCUCGGGAGGAGGCCCGGGACAUAUUGUCGAGGGGUGGGGAAUGCCCGACGGCGGGAACCUAUACCCCGUUCAUCGUCGCAGUCAAACGAGGGGACUGCUUUGACAGGGACGAUCGCCGAGCUUAAGGGUCAGAUGUCUAUGAUUCUAGAGUCCCUUGCUCGGUCAGGCAUUCCAAUCCCGCAGUUUGGUUCCUCCUCGACCUCCCAGCCCCCCCAACCUGGCUACCAGACAUCUACCCUUGCCGACAAUGCCCAGACGUCCGAGCUGCAUCUCGCAGACGACCACGUUGAUUUUGGAACUUUAUUCGAUUAG